UUAUGUCAUUUUAUGCCGAGCUGUUUUGUUGUAGUAACUGUCAUGGCGAAGUAAAUUGUAAAAUGGUCUGAUAGAUCUAUGAUAUUCUAUGUUUAUAAAAGCGUCUUAGUUAUUACAGCUAAUCGGAUCUAAGGUGUUAAUUGAAUUUAAAAUGACUGAUGCAACCUUUAAUAAAUCUGGCACAAAACUCACGAAUGAAGAAGUCGUACUAGUUUGUCGAGCGCUAAAGGCAAAUCAAAUGCGUUUGUUAUGUCUUCGUGAAUGCAAACUAGGGAAAAAAGACUUCCAAAGUAUUUUAAAAUGUAUAGGCUCCUGCCAGUCACUUCAACAGCUGACUUUAAAUGUAGGCAUCAUAAACAAUUUAGAACAAGUUGAGCUUUUGGCUAAAUGUAUUUAUAAAAAUACAUCCUUAACUGGACUACACAUUCAUGGUAGUGAACUAGGGGAUGUUGGUUUGCAAGUCCUAGGAAGGGCAUUAAGCUUUCAUCCAGGCAUUGUUUCAUUAGACCUGGGAGACUGCCAGCUAAGUGACAUGUCUAUUGAUGUCCUGUAUUCACUGUUACUGCCUACCAACAACAGGCCAGGAAUAACAGAAUUAACACUGAGUGAUAAUCCCAGAAUAAGUGCAUUAGGGUGGACUCAAUUAUCAAUGUGCCUUGCAAAUUGCAGCUCGCUCAAGUGGCUAUUUUUAGAUUACAAUCCUCUUGGUGACUACUCAGCUAGCUGUAUAUUGACUGGCAUUGCUGCUAGCCAGUCAGUAGAAUUAUUAGACAUGGAAGGAUGCGGCCUUACUGAACACACUGGGCAGGUGCUAUUACAUUUGGUGCAAAACCAUCUUGGCAGUUUAAGCAGAAUUAAGCUGACUAACAACAGAAUACGUAAAAUAACAGUUCAUGCCAUUAAGAAACAUCUCAGUGAAAAUCAUCUGGAUGAUUCAGAUACAGCUUCUUCCAUCACUUAUGAAGAUCUUUUUGCUUCAUCUGAGUCAUCACGCUACAGAAAACAGCGCUCCUCAUCUUUAUCCUCAUCAUCUUCCUCUUCUUCAUCAUCAUCCUCCUCCUCCUCACAUUCCUCAAGCUCUAGCUGCAGCAGCAGUUCAAAAACUAACUCAGACAGUUCUGACAAUGACGAAACAGUUAGGCCAAAGGGCAAGAAGGACAAGAAGAAUGUGAAAACAAAAGUGAAAGCAAAAAUUGAGAAGACACUUACGCAAGACUUGGGCAGCCAACAAGAAGAGACCAAAAGUAAGAAAGGCACUAAGUCUAAAGAUGAAAAAAAGAAGAAAGACAAAUCUAAGAGUUCUGAGAAAGAGGAAGGAGACAGAAAGAAAUCUAAAAAAAAUAAAAGUGAUAGUACUGAGGCAGAUAAUCAAGAGAGGAAAAGUAACAAGAACAAAGGAUCAAAAGACCUUGAUAGUGCUAAAGAAACAAAAAAGAAAGAAAAGAAAAAAGAGAAAGAUAUAGAAGAUAAGAAGAAAAUCAAAGAAGAUAAAAAGGAUGACAGCAAAGGAGACAAGAAAAAGAAGAAAGAAGGGCAGAAAAAGACCAAGGGGUCUGACGAUGAAGAACAUAAUGAAACUGAGGAUAGUUUUGGUGAAGAAUUAAAUGAGGUACCUGUGUUUUAUAAAUAGAAAAUUGAGAUGUACAUUAUAUACAAACAGUUACAUCAUGUAUAAAAAAUAUAAACAAAUAACUUUUAUAAUAUAACCUUAUAGUAUAACAGUAUAGGAUAGUUUUGAGAAGAUAGUAUUUAUCAAUGUAUUUUUACAAAUUCAUUGUUGAUAAAUGUCUAAUGACACAAUGCCUGCUACUUCAACAACCAAGAACACCACACUAUUUUUUUUUGUGGCACAUACUACAGAAGAGCCUACAUGUCACUGCUACAUGUCAAAUGUAAAUAUUAUUUUUUUAAGACUAUCAUGUUACAUAGAUAUUUGUGACUUUUAUACUCCAUUUGAAUUUGUUAACAUUGUCUCCAAACUAUGAAUUAAUUUAUCGCAAAGUUUUUAUAGGCUUCAUAUAAUGUUGUGACAAUAGUAUUUGCACUGAAAUGUAUAUAAAUCAAAAGAGAUAAUAAUAGGUUGUUUCAUUUUUAGAAUGAAACACCAGAUUGCUGAUCUAGCUAUAAAUGAAUAAUUAGUAUAAUAAAUUAGAACAUGGAAUGGUUUAUUUGGUGAACAGAAUAGGGAGAUAUUGAUAAGCUUUGUAUUUUAAAAAGCAUAUAAUCAUUUUGUUCACUUUUAGGCACUGCAGACUACAAUUUCUAAAGAUCUUUGGCUUGUAGCACAAAGGAAUUUUUUUUUUAGUUGGCAACAUUGAUGUUUCAAUGUAGCAGCCAGUAGCUUUAUUAGUGUGUCUGGUCUCUACUCAUUGAUAGUCGAUGUUUAUAUUUUUCAACAUAAUAUUUGUGUUAAUUAGUGUAUUAUAAAAUGAAUAUCUUGUCUCAAUUAUGUUCUGUUCUUAUUGACUUAAAGAAGAAAUGUAAAACACUUAAAAAGUGGAUGUGAACCCCUUCAGGUGGUUUUUAUGCAAGUCAACUUUGAUGACUGGUAAGAAUUUUAGUCCCUUUUUCAAAAAAAUAAAGUUCCCUUUUUAGACCAUAUGAUCUGUAGGGCAGAAGAUCUGUUCCUGUGGUCCACAGUUAAUGAGGGUGUCAUGUGGCCUUACAAUGACCAAUCACCUUUACGUUUCCCCAAUUAAUAUCAGGUACCCAUUAGAGCUGGGUGGACUCAGAGACACCUUAAAGAUCUCAAAAUUAAAAAUCCCAGUCUUAACCAGGAUUUGAACCUGGGACCCCUCAGUUCAGAAGCCAAGUGCUUUACCACUCCGCCAAAAGCUCCUCUUUUAGUACCUUAUAAUAAUAAUAAUAUAGUCUGCAAUUAUACUAAAACUAAAACUUGAGUCCUUCACACUGAACCCUUGAUUGGAGUUUCUUUGGGUGACAAUGUAAAGACAGUGUUCCCUUUACUCUCUCUUACUAGACUAUAGUUUUUUAUUGUUUCUAUGCCAUGCUCUAACAGCACUUUGUAUACUUGGUAUAUCAGUGAUAAGUGAUGUAUGACAUACUUAAAUAUACAUCUGAGUGCCAAACUUUACAUUUUUAGCUCAAUAAAUUAUUUACUUUGUAAUUUUGUUCUUAGUCUUUUAAAUGUUACAAUUUAACUUUAUGAAUGUCAAUAUGAACCAUGUUCUGAUUGGAUGUGUUUCAAGGUAUUAACAUUACACAUUAAAGCAUUUUUAGUUUAUCUUGGCCAAAUUAAAAACAGUGUUGGAAACACCAUCACUACUUUCGUAAUACAUAUAUAAUGCAGUCUUUUUAAAGUUAAUAAAUAUUGUUUAGGAAUAUAUAUAUAUAUAUAUUAUAAAAGCUUGUAUUUUGUUUUUAAACUCACAUUCACAUAAAAUAUUUUUUUUAAAUAUUACAUGAUUUGAAAACCUUACAACGUGGAAUGUUUAGCAAUAAAAUAUGUACAGUUGAAAUUAUUCCUUGAUGUAUAAACAAUAUUUAUCUUUAACUUAGAGAUUUUUGAAAACAUGGGUCAAGGGUGUCUCUGUAGAGUUACUAUGCUCUGUGCAAAAACUAAUUAUUCAUUAGGAGACCAGUUUUCAAAUGUGUAUAAACUUUUGAUAUUAAGAAAAACCAAAAAGCAUAUUCAUAGUAUAUCAACAAGUAAUCUACCAAAACUGGAAAUGCAAAUGUUUUCAAUAUUACUUUAUUUCAGUCAAAAUUCAGUUACACAAAAGACAAAGUGACCAUCUUCAAUGUCAAGCACACAUUUGAUAACAAAUUUGUUGGUAUUAAUAAUAAUAUUUUUUAUUUAAUAAAAUUUCUAAUAAAUC